AUGGAUGCCGAUCCGCGAGCUCCCCGACGUCACACCGCGCCCUCGCAGUCUUCAUCCACACCCACCUCCGACUUGAGCAUCCAACAAACUCACACUACUUACUACUACGACGACAGCCCGAACCCGCAGUCUCCACACUCCGCAACCCUUGGCGGCGGUCCCCACGAUGACGAUAGUACCCGGGACCGUGACCAGGACCACAGAAUCGGGACCGGGGCCGGGACCGGCAUUGGAGUCGGCGCCGGUACAUAUACCGAAUCCACUGUCGUGACAGACGCUCACAAUCAUAAUAACAACCCCAAUGACCCCCUAGCUGACUUGAAGCGCCCGCGCGCCUGCGAGGCCUGUCGACAGCUCAAGGUGCGCUGCGACCCGCACCCUGACACCCCAGAUGGCCCGUGCAAGCGCUGUGCGAAGGCCAAUCGCCGCUGUGUCGUGACGGUGCCGACGCGAAAGAGGCAGAAGAAAGCUGAUAGUCGUGUUGCGGAGCUGGAGAGGAAGAUCGAUGCCCUGACAGCAAGCUUGCAGGCCACUAGAGCGAGGAAUGGGAGUAAUGCUGCUGGGAGCGGAGGGAUGGGGAGCCCUGUUUUACGAUCUGGGUCGGCGGCGGAGGAUCUCCCUGCUGCCCGGUGGAUGGGGGGCGUACAGCACCAUGGAAGUGAAAGUAGACGGGCGACUACUGGAGGCUCAAUGGCAGGGCUAGCUGGGAAUAAAAGGUAUGCCAGUGGGGAGUUUAAGUCUAGGUUCGGGAAUGCUGGGAUUCUUGUUCCGCUGGCUGCUCGACCCCAUAGUCCGACGACUGAGAGCACGUCGACAUUCUAUGAUGGGUCAAAUCACGGUGGCGACGGGAAUACCCCAGAUAACUGGCCUCCGAUAUUGCCAACCAUUGACAGAGCACUCAAGGCUCGCUACGAUUAUGAGUAUACAGAUGUCAUUGAUCGAGGGGUUGUGGAUACGGAGAUGGCUCUCAAGUGUUUCAACCGCUAUGUGAACGAUAUUGCACCGUUGCUUCCCUUCGUCGUCUUUCCCCCUGAAACCACCAUGGCCGAAGUUCGUCGGACGAAACCCAUCCUUCUUCUGGCUAUCCUAUCCAUAUCAAUCGGCAUAUUCAACGCGGACCUGCAGACUUCUCUGCUGAACGAGCUCUUCCGCCUCUUUGCAGACCAGGUAAUUGUCAAGGGUUCGAAGUCUCUCGAGUUGGUGCAGGCCAUUAUGCUCUCGAUGAUCUGGUAUACACCUCCGGACCAUUACGAGGAAAUGAAGUUCUUCCAGCUCAUACACAUCGCCGCGACGAUGGCGAUGGACCUAGGUAUGAACAGGAGAACCAAGUCGAAGGCGAAAUCGAAGUCUAUGGGCAUGUGGAGGGAAAUCAUGGGCAAGAAAGUUGUCAUGCUAGACCCCGAUGCACCGGAGACUCGGAGGGCAUGGCUCGGGUGCUAUUUUAUGUGUGUUAACGUUGCAAUGUCACUUCGACGCCCCAUCCUCACGCGUUGGCACCCGUACAUGGACGAAUCUCUCGAAAUCCUCGAGACGUCGCCCGAUGCGCUUCCAUCUGAUAGAAAUCUCAUUCAAUGGGUGAAGCUGGCGCACCUUGGCGAAGAAAUUCUUUUCCAGUUUUCAAUGGAUGACCCCGCUACCAAUGUAGAUAUAACGGAUCCCAAAAACCAAUAUGCGUUAAAGGGGUUCGAAAGGCGUUUGGCAGAAUGGCGAAAGGAGGUGCCUCCCGAGUGCUACUCUCCCCUAAUGCGCCACUAUGAGCUCGUUCUCAACAUCUAUAUGCAUGAAAUCGGCAUGCACGCCGACCACAACAUCGACGAUUUCAAACCGCCCUUUAUAAAUAGUCUUACCUCCGACAAUCCGGUCAACCUUGGCUCUCCCGCGCACGUUGACGCUCUAACUGUCUGCCUCACUUCCAUCUAUGAGGCAAUAGACACGUUUACCUCCCUCGAUUAUACGACUAUCCAAUCUAGCCCCACCAUCCACUUUGUUCGUACAUCAUACGCCUGCGUCGCUCUCAUCAAACUAUAUACCGCCGCAUCGUACCCCGCCACUCGACUGGGCCAGGUAUUCAAUCCUACAGACUUUAAGAUUGAAUACUACCUCACCAAGCUCAUUGCCCAUUUGAAGGGUUCGGGCGAGCGCAUGUCAGGACGGGUGCCAUCUAGAUUCUCGCUAAUGUUGGGAAUAUUAAAGACGUGGUUUCUCAAGAGGAAAGAAGGGAAACCAGUGAGCACUGGUAGCGGUCCGUGGAGCUUUUUUCAGCCGAAGGAUAUUCGGACGUAUAUCGCACCGGAGCCGCGCGCAUCGGAGUCGGAGAGCGCGGGACAAGCGCAGGCUACUUGUAACCCGGAAUCAACGCCUUUACACCUCCAAAAUCAUGCAGCCAUGGGUCAUCCAGAGACCCAACAAUCACACCACCACCAGUCGAGCCUCUCCCCUCAGAACGUUCGCACUGAUACGCACACCACUACUCUCCCGAUCCACCCUUCCACAACCAACACUUCCAACAUUGCCACUAACACAAUCCCUGCGAAUGAACAUUGGACCCCGUUCGGUCCCUCACCAGGCAUGGGCAUUUUCCCCACCACCACAGUGCCUAACCAACCCUUAUCAUCGCAGUAUCUACCGCGGCACCCGACCCAGGCCUUCGUCACCGCCGACUCAGGGGGACUGGUAAAUCCACAACAGCCAGAGCUGGAUCCACAGCAGGCCUUCAUGCUAACCCAAGAUAUGCAGCUCAUGUUCCAGCAAGAUGAACUUGCUGGGUUGGGAAAUAUGUGGGAUGACAUUUUUUUUCCAUUCCCCUUGGACGAGACCGGCCAGCCGCUGUGA